AUGCCACUUCCAGGUGCCGAGUCGGCAUUCCUCUUCUCUUGCCAAGUAAUCAAUACGCCAGCAGCAAGCCAGCAACAUACCCAGCGUCCGAAGAAGAAAGCCUCAUCGAUCAAGCUGCGCAAGAUGCCCUCUUUUGGCCAACGAGCUGCGAGGUAUCUCGGGUUCGACUUGGACGAACCGGUCGAGGAGGUGGGACGAAGGUCACCAGUGCUGAAGCCUGAAGUGCACGGCUCGCUGGUAUCCGUCGUAGAACAACAGCCAUCAGAGCUGCUUCUAUCCAGAUUCUCCGGCAAUGUGCGCAUGACAGGACACCAAUCCAGUCUCUGUUUCGCGCAUCGAGCUUUUCGACACUAUGGCGGCCGAUCUGAUGUGAAUCGAGAGCUGCUGGAGGGUGCGUGUCUCCCAGAGCUGUGGUGA